AUUUGUCGGUUAAUUCGUAUUUUAGGUCAAGUAAUUACUAUUUUUCACUCGUAUUGACACCUGGACUGAGUAAGGUAGAGUUUUUUGUUAAUAAUUCCUACCACGGGAGACUAAAGGAGACACAGGCGUAACCUUUCCAGUACUGCAGACAUCACCUGUGCACAAUGACCACAGCAGCACGGCCAACAUUUGAACCAGCCAAGGGUGGCAUGGGCCGUGGAGAGCGCGAUCUGAGCGCCUUAUCCAAACAGUAUUCCGCACGUGAUCUUCCCUCUCACACGCGGCUAAAAUACCGAGACCACGGACAGUCUACCACUGAGGAACUCCGCAGCCGUGAUUUCCGUCGUGAGUUGGAGGAUCGCGAGCGUGCCGUUAGAGACAAGCGUACCAGCGGAAGCAGCAGUGGGGGUAGCAGCAGCAGUGCUACACGAGAAUCGGGAAUUUCGUCUUCAUCCUCCUCCUCAAAAAAGCCACGACUGGACCAGAUUGCUCCUGCCAAUUUAGAUGCUGAUGAUCCUCAAGACGACGAUGACGAUGCAUCCGACACUGACGAUUCUGACGAUGAAGCAGUAUUGUUUGGCGAACUUGAGCGUAUACGACGAGAGCGUCUUGAAGAAGAGGCAAGAAAACAACAGGAGCGCCAGGAACAAGAAGAGCGUAUUCGCAUGGAAAACAUUAUAUCGGGCAAUCCUCUUUUGAAUCUUGCUGCCGUCCCCAAAUCUGACAUGAAAGUAAAGAGGCGAUGGGAUGAUGACGUGGUGUUCAAAAAUUGUGCUGCAUCAGAACCUGAUAAGUCAGAAAAAGCUUUUAUUAAUGACUCCUUACGGUCUGAUUUUCAUAAGCGUUUCAUGGAGAAAUAUGUCAAAUAAUUUUUUUUUACGGAUUUCUGUACCCUUAGAUUAUAUAUCAACUCUACAAACUUUUCUCUGUAGGUGAGAUGGUGACUUUAAGUUAUGGGACUAUUGACCUUAAGAAUCAUUUCGUUCAUAAUAAUACUUUAUCAGUUGUGGUAAAGGUGGAAUUAGGAUGUAUCCUUUGCAUGCAUAAUGCUGGAGUAGAGAAACAGAUACAGUACACAUUAAAUCUAAAUUACCUUUCCAUUGCCUUUAAUUAUAGUACUGUACUGUAUGUGAAGUCUGUGUCUAUUUCUCUCUCUCUAUGUAUGCAGUUGUAUGUAGACAUGUAUAUACAGUACAGGGGGGGACAUACAGUACAUGAUUGUGUAUUUUGCAUUAUUGAUAAAUUUUUUAUGGAGUUCAGUACAGUACUUCCAUAGCCGGGUGGGGACGUGCAACUUUUUUUUUUUGCGCUGCAACCAUAACUGCUGAAAUAGUUGCGCCGCAACCAUUUUCAAAAAGUUUCGCCGCAAGCGCAACCGCAACUUAAAAAAUAAAUAAACAAAUACUAAAAAAAAAAUGCCUAUUUACAAGUAAAACAAAAUAUAAUUGAUAAAAAAAGUUAAUAUCAAUAUUUUAUUACAAAAUUACCAAAAAAUGCCUCACUGCCACUGGCCUUAGUCGACUGGCUGUCAACAGUCUCAGUCACUUCAACUCCCAUGUCCUGGUCGGCAGGAUUACUGAUGCCGGCCACAGACUCCUCCUCGUCACACAACGAUCCAUAAUACUAGUAAUAACAAGAAACUGACGCCUUAACUGCAGUGCUAUUGACUGCCUGACUGGUUAUGAUAUGAAUCAUUCCUCCCUCCUCUUCCCUUGCUGUAGUUGCCAGAUUUCAUCUUUCACAUUAACUCUAGUUUCUAGAGUUUAUGUGAAAGGUAAAAUCUGGCAACUACAGCGAGGGAGGGGGUCUCAUCUGGUUUACAGUUCAGAAAUAUGCUGCCUGACCUGUAUCAUGUGUAUGCUGAAUUAUUCCAUCAGAAACAGAAAUUUUCGUAAUGUGCGGCUCUAGGGAUGCCCGUUUGUUUAUGUGGUCGUAUUCCAAUUUGAAUUAUUGCCGAAAAAUUUUGCGCCUUGCAUUUGAAAAUGCUUGUAAAAGUUGUGCCGCAACUCUCUGGAAAAUGUGCGGCGCAACUGCACGCGCAACCAAUAAAAGUUGCGGCACAAGUUGAGCCGCAACUUUCUGUGGCACAACUGCCCACCUUUGAAUACAGUACAGUACUUCCAUAGCCGGGUACCUUGGCUAUUUAAUGUUAGAGCUUGUAUAACGAGGUACUGUACCCAUAAUAAAAAAGUAAUUGGAGUUAUGAAAUAAUUAUGUCCUUAAAAAAAAAAAAAUAGGGUUUUACAGUAUACUAUACAGUACUAAGUUAGGUGAGGUUACCAGCUGUUGCCCCAGCUAGGCAAGCUGUGUUCUCCUGUUUUAAUGCUCUAUACAUUAAAUGUUGAUAAUAAUGAACAGAUUUACAGUCUUGUAUAUUAUUCUGGUUUCAUGAUUCAACAAGACUUUCUUUUAUUUAGUGUUACGUAGAUAAUUUUUUUUUAAAGCGAAUUCAUAUUUUAGUCCAUUGUUUCUCAGUGCACAGGACUUUUGUUCUCUGUUAAUUAAAAAAAAAUGAAACUUGUACUGUACUAAGGUCUGUUACCUCACAAAACUAUACAGUACCUCUUUUGUAUAAUUAUUUCACAAAAUACAAGAUUCUGUAAAA